AUGAAGUUCGAGACUUAUUCUUCUUCGGAUCUCUACGUUCUAGUGGAGGAGAUCAAGAAAGAAACUUUUGAAUUGGAUACAUUAAGUAUAAUUAAUCCUUACUCAUUUGUCUCUGCCUCAGCUUACGACACAGCUUGGCUAGCAAUGAUCGAAGAUCUCAGUGAUGUAAGUACUCAGCAACCGAUGUUUCGUGGCUGUAUAGAUUGGAUUCUGAGCAAUCAGAACGUUGAUGAAGGAUUUUGGGGUAAUCACGGAGAUGAAAACGAAGGUGAAACUCUCACUUCGACAUUUGCUUGUGUUCUAGCACUUCGCAAAUGGAACAUUGGAAGUCUUCACAUCCACAGAGGAAAGAGAUACAUCGAAAAAAACUUAGAGAGGAUUAUUGGAGAAUAUAGAAAGAAGGGCUGUUGUCCUCGUUGGCUCGUCCUUAUGUUCACUGGACUCCUCGAGCUUACUCAACAACUUGGCCUACACUUUUUCUUCUCUCCUGGAGUUAAGCAAAUGAUCAACGACUUGUUCUUCCAACGCCAAGAGAUUCUUCACCGGGAAUUGCUCGUAGAUGGCCGUUGCAACCGGCAGCCUUUACUUGCAUAUCUCGAAGUAUUGCCAUUGACAUUAUACGCUGAAAUUCAAGAAGACAUAAUUGAGAAUAUGGACGAUUUAGAUGGCUCUUUGUUUCAAUCACCUUCAGCAACCGCAGCAGCGUUUAUGCUCUCACGGAAUACAAAAUCUCUGGCUUAUCUGCAAUCUUUAGUACAACGAUGCCCUCAUGGAGUGCCACAAAUCUACCCCUUAAGUGAAGAACUUAUCAAGCUCUCUUUGGUUAAUAUAAUGAAUAACUUCGGGUUAGGAGAGUACUUCGGUAAAGAGAUUGAUCAUUUUCUUCUUCAAACUUACAAAAGCUAUGAAAUCACGGAUGUCGAAAGAAUGCCCAUAUGUUUCAAAGUAGAUCAACUGUACAAAGCUUCUCUAGAAUUUCGAAUUUUAAGAAUGAACGGCUACGAUGUUUCACCUGGGAGCUUUUGCUGGUUCUUGAAUGACAACGAAAUCCAAAAUCAUCUAAGGAUAAACAUCGAAUGUUUAUUCUUAGUGAUGCUUAAUGUUUACAGAGCAACUGAUCUCAUGUUUCCGGGAGAGUCUGAGCUCGAAAAAGCGAGAGAAUUUUCGCGGAAUUUACUCGAGAAAAGUGAAUUUGUUAAUAAACAAAUGGUUCAUAGUUCUCACAUUAAACAUGAAAUGAGUACUCCAUGGAUAGCUAGACUUAAUCAUCUUGAUAAUAGGAUGUGGAUUGAGGACAAAGACUCAAAUGUUAUCUCAAUUGGAAAAGCCUCUUCUAUUCGUAUAUGUGUCGACCAGCUUACUCAUCUUGCUUCAAAAAAUUUUGAACUUCGACAAGCAGUAUACAGACGUGAGAUGGAGGACUUGAUAAAGUGGGUGAAGAAAUGGGGACUAAACGAUAUCGGAUUUGGAAGAGAGAAGACAACAUAUUGUUACUUUGCAGCUUCAUCAAGUACCUCGUUGCCCUUUGAAUCUACAGCUAAUGUUCGUAAGCUUAUGGCAAAAAGUGGCAUUCUUAUCACAGUUGCUGAUGAUUUCUUCGAUGAAGAAGGUUCUCCUGAUGAGUUAGAAGCUCUUACCAAAGCUGUUCUAAGAUGGGAAGGAAAAGACCUGAAAGGUUACGGCAAGAUCAUUUUCAAAGCACUUGAUAAUCUUCUAAAAGAGAUUGAUGAGACUUACCGUAAGCAACACGGGACCGACAUGACAAACCAUUUUCGCAACAUCUGGGGAGAAACAUUUGAGUCGUGGCUAUGUGAAGCCAAAUGGAGUAAGAAGGGACAUAUACCGUCGAUGGAAGAAUAUCUUCGAAACGGAAUAAUCUCAACUGCAGCACACACUAUUGUUCUUCCCAUUUCAUGUCUCAUGAAAUCUUUUUUCCCCCAACACAAACUCGAAGCCGGAAAUUACGAUAGCAUAACAACAUUGCUCAUGACCAUUACCCGACUCCUUAAUGAUCUACAGAGUUACCAGAAAGAGCGAGAACAAGGCAAGAUCAACUCCGUGCUGCUCAACAUGAGGAGUCAUUGUAGUUUUCAGAUUGAGGACUCGAUUGCGUAUAUUGAAAAGAUCAUUGAAUUGAAGAGAAGAGCAUUUGUGGAGCAUGUCCUAAUGGAUGAACACAGUGAUUUACCUAAACCGUGUAAAGAUAUACACAUGUCCGUUUGCAAAGUUUUUGAGAUGUUUUUUAACAAGAAGAACCGUUAUGAUUCGGACACGGAGAUGCUUCAAGACAUUAAGAAGGCUCUUUACGAUCCAGUUAACAUUCCUAGACUCUCCGAGCGUGAUCCAGCGUUCUAG